AUGUCACGGAGGGGCUGGUCGAGCCACGAGCGCGGCGGCCUAUCACCAUUCGGCUCUAGCCUGGGCGACGGUCGAGGUGGCGUCCCCGAGGUUACGGAUGAGGACUAUAGCUACAUCACGUCGGAAGAUCUUGAGCGCACCCACGGCAUGGACGGGCGAUACGGCAAGGAUCCGGCUGGCAGCGGCAGCCACUACACGCGGGCGGCGGGCGGCGGCCCCGCGCUGGUCAUCGACGACGACGAUAUCCUCCUCAUCAAGCACAAGGGCGCCACCUACCCGGAGCACUUUCCCGCCUACAGUAUCGGCGAUGGCAAGCUCCUGGUAGGCGACGUUCGGGAGCGCGUGCAGAUGAUCAUGAAGCUGUCGGACCGGAGGACAAACAAGAUAAGACUGCUGUACAAGGGCCGGCAGCUGAAGGACAACCUGGCCCCGGUCUGCGAGUUCAACGUCAAGAACAACAGCGAGAUCCUCGUAGUCCUGCCCGAACCCGGCGACGACGACGACUCCAGCAGCCAGAGCAGCGAGGAGGUGGUAGUGGUAGGGAGGGGAGACGAGGAGAGCCGCCCUAAGAAGUCCAAGAAGAAGAACAAGAGCAAGAGCAAGAAGAGCAGGAGAAGCGACAGCCCUCGGGAGAGCAACCUGGAGGUCCCCAGCGGCGGCACUGGCGCGAGCAGACCGCAGUCGCCUGCAUCCGCGGUUUCUGGCGCCAGCGCGGCAGCGGCCGCACCAGGGGGGCCCAUUGACAAGCUCAACUCCAUCAGCACCCACUUCACAACCAAACUGCUGCCGUUGUGCGUCCAAUUUACCGCCAGCCCGCCGUCAGACCCAAAAAAGCGAGAGGAUGAGCAUCGCAAGCUCUCCGAGACGGUCAUGCAGCAGGUGCUACUGAAGCUUGACGAGGUGGAGACCAACGGGGAGGAGGAGGCGCGCGCCAGGAGAAAGGAGCUGGUCAGGACGGUGCAGGAAGUCCUCAAGGGGCUCGACAGCAAGGUGAACGCUUGA